UCCUAACAAUUCCCUUCGCAUCAAUGUCUCUGUUGGAACCCUCCUCUUCUCAUUCUUCUCCUUCAAUAUCAUCGCCACAGCGGCCGCCGCCCGAAGAAACCAACAUGACGCCGACGCUCAUAUGCACAGCAACAGCAAGCCACCGAAGAACUCAGAUGGUGUCAAAAUCGGUGUCGGAAAGGCUUCUGGGGAAGUUCUUCGAUGCGUCUCAGUUCGAUUUCGAAUACGAGAAGAGUGGGUUGUGGUCCCCUCCCGUCCGACGAAGUGUGUACUUGGCCUCGCCAGCCGGCAACAUCAUCUACUCCGACGACCAACUCUUCAGAAAAGUCAAGAAAGCCAAGAGUGUUUGGAAGAAGAGACGCCUAGUUUGCUUUGACAUUACUGUGCUUUUGUGUGCUCAUCAUGAAGUUGAAGGGAAAUAGAGGAGGAAGGUGAAUAUGGAGGAAAUAUGGCCACACUCUCCUUUUAAGAUAAAAUCACGUGCUCGCGUUGUGUCUCAGGUUAAUAGAUAUAAUGCGAGUGAUCUCAUCUUAAUUCACUUUUGGCUUUGGCUCUUUCCGUGUGUGGGUGCAUGUGGGCGCUACACAACUUUUGAUUUCCAAACGAUGUGGUCCAACCAAAUCAUGAGCUAUCUAUUUAAUAUUAGAAGCCCCACAGAUAUAAUUCAUAUACACCCUACCACCAGUAUGUGAAAUACUGUAUGUUUUGUUUAAGGAAUGAGUUACUUGUAUAAA